CUAUACAUUUGAAAUUGCUAGCAUAAUUUGUGAACAAAUACUAAAAAUAGAUAAUUUAAUUUUUGUUAAAAAAUGUGUAGUAAUGACGACACUCAAUCUAUCGUUUCUAAUAUGGUUCAAUGGGCAAAUUGUAAACUCUCCCCGUGGAGUAGAAUAUCACGGUGGUUGUCGAGUAGAGAUGCCACUUAGUGUACGAAUGAAUUUCGAAGAAUUGGUUAACAUUUGUAAAAGAGCAGUUUGUAGUGGAUCGAACUCUACUAACUCAUAAGUGGGGAUUACACAAAUUUUAUUAAGACUGCCUAAAUUUGUAAAGGGUGAAGAAGAUUCGUACGCACUCUUUUUAGUGCAGGACAAUAACCACUUAUUUGGAAUACUAACCGAAGCUGUGAGAUGUCAGAAUCUACGGAUUAUGGAGUUCUACGUGGAGUACUGGAUUUUGGGUGGAACUGAAAUUUUGCUGGAACAAUUGGAAUUGAGCAAUUCGAGUGAGUCAGAGUGGGACUGUGAGUCAGUACGGAGCAGUGAUGAAGAAGAUGAAGAAAACUUUUACGGGAGCGACGAAGAUGAUACAGAAGACAUCGAUGCCGAGUUAGAAGUGGCCAAUUUAGGAGAGAACAAACUCAGUACCAGUCGCAUCUUCUCGAACACGUUUGCCGUGUAAAUGUUGACGAUUUUGUUGUUGACUUGAAUGAGGGUGAGAUCCCCAAUUUUACUUGGUAGCCUGGAAUGGAGUUUCAAACGGGGAUGAUCUUCAAAAGCCGCGAUGCUGUUCAGACCUGUGCGACCGCUUAUUCAAUGGCUAUGAGGAAGGAGCACCAGUUUCAUCGGACCACCCCCAAGACAGUCGUGUUGGUUUGCCGACACAACGAAAGCUGCGGAUGGUGGGUGCGGGCCACUAAGCUACAAGCAACUCAUACAUGGACCCUGACAAAAUAUAAGGGGCCACACAUGUGCAAAUAUUUUGUGACAGGUCGCGACCAUCGGAAUUUUGGGGCCAGCCGAAUUGCAGACUUUAUCAAGGACCAGGUGUUGGAACAACGCGACAUACGCAUCAAGACACUCUUGGCUUGUAUUUGGGAAAGAUUUUUUGCAAUGCCUACCUAUAAAAGACCUUGGUUAGCUAAGGAGAAGGCAAUAUGCAGUGUUUACGGGAACUGGAAUGACUCUUUCGCCGAGGUUUGUAGCUUCAUGGCCAAUGUGAAGGUCACAAAUCCCGGAUCAUUCUGGCAUGCAGAGGGCGAUGUAAUUUACACAAACCAAAUUGAAAACCCUCGAAUGAGGAUGUUUAGCAGAAUGUUUUGGACCUUCUACCCGAUGACAACUGUAUUUGCUUUUUUAAAACCUGUUUAUUCGUCGACGGGACUCAUUUGUACGGGAAAUAUACAAUGACCCUGUUGAUUGCAUCGACAAUAGAUGGAAACAACCACAUAAUGCCACUUGCCUUUGCACUUGUCGAAUCCGAGAGCGCUGCAAGCUAUGAAUAUUUUUUGAGUCAUCUCCGGGAGCAUGUUAUCAAGCAAUGAAAAGUAGCAAUUAUUUUGGAUCGCGCUGGUGGAAUAAUAUCUGUUUUGAAGCGUCCGGAGUGGAAUAAUAUCAGAGGACGGCGUCGACAGCCACCCAGAGUGCCUCCACAGCCUCGUCCAGAGCAUGUGUACCCUAACCCAGAGCCCUUAUUUUUUCACACCGAGGUGGGGGGACCUCGGACAGACCCCAGGCGGACUAUUGGGGAAGACAGCAUUACGGUUCAACCUCCGGGGCGACACCCCAGGCAUCAUAUCCACAGGUUUGAGUAAAUUUAAUAUACUAUUUCACUUGAUUAAUGGCUAACACACUACUCUGAGAUUUUCUUUGGAUUUCAAAAGAUGAUAUCUAAAUUAAUAAUUACCGUGGUUUGUUUUUAUCGAGAACUCACCUAAGCUUAACUAGUUAUUGGAUUGGUGGGAUGUAUC